UUCCCAAGGUCACGUGAUGUGUUUAGUAUUGGCGUCAUGUAAAAAGCAUUGGUUAGAUAGCCGAUUGAUUACAAGUUUCCAUUCUGUAUAUUCUGUGGCUUGGUUCUGUUUACACGAAUCACGAAUGGCUUAACCAUAAUUGUUGCAUCCUUGCAUCUUGUGAAAGUGAUAGGUGUGUUGCAAGUUUUUAAAAGUGAAUGAACUACCUACUAGGCCUACCGUACAACAUUUUCUUCAAUUAUGGAGCAAGAAUUUUAUACAAGAGGAAAGUAUUUGGCGGAUCUUGCUAAAAAUCAGGGAAUGAGAAGUAUAUAUCCAAAAGCAAUUUUUGAGGAUGGAAGCAAUGCUGAGUUUGAUGAUCAUGACAAUACUGGAACUACAGAUGCUGGAAAUCUUGCCAAAUUUGAUGAUCCUGAUGGCAGUGAUAAAGACCCUUAUCAUAAUCCUAGUGAAUCAAAUCUUGCUGAAUUUCAUGAUCCUGAUGACAGUGAUAAAGACCCUAUCAUAAUCCUAGUGAAUCAAAUCUUGCUGAAUUUGAUGAUCCUGAUGACAGUGAUAAAGACCCUAAUUAUAAUCCUAGUGAAUCAGAUGACAGUGUAGUU